CUUCUGACGCGUUCAUUUUUUAGCAAUCAAUUUUUUUAUUAAGUAGGUAGUUAAAUUCAUAUAUUGUCCGUAAUGCAUCGUCAGAGAUACAACUUGAAGGGCUUGAUGAGCGAUGUCUUUGGCUCGGACAAGGGAGACGAUGCAUCGUCGGAAGGCAAGCUUCCGUUGCUUGAUAUGAGUGCAGCUGUGUUUAGUUUGGGACAGUAUCCAAUACCCGAAGAAAACGGGCAAUUCUCUGAAGUUUCUAUUGUUCGAGGGCAAACCCCUGUGAACGAAGUUACUUCCGACACAGCCGCAACAAGUGAUGAAACUGGUGAUGCAAAUGAUGAAAAUGGCGUAGGAGAAACUCUUAAGUUGAUGCUGGAUGUUCGGCAACGUUCGGAAUUCGAAGCCUAUGCCAAAAGGAUGCCUGGACUGUUGAAUGUGCGCGUCACGACCAUGGACGCGGAGCUGGAGUUCGCGAUCCAGCCCAACACGACGGGCAAGCAGCUCUUCGACCAGGUCGUCAAAACCAUCGGACUUCGAGAAAUCUGGUUCUUUGGACUCCAGUACGUCGACAGCAAAGGCUUCUCUACCUGGCUCAAACUGAACAAAAAAGUGCAGUCACAAGAUGUCAAAAAAGAGACUCCGCUACAGUUCAAAUUCCGUGCCAAAUUCUUCCCUGAAGACGUUGCCGAGGAGAUCAUCCAAGACAUCACUCUGCGUCUGUUUUACCUGCAAGUGAAGAACGCAAUCCUGAGCGAUGAGAUCUACUGUCCCCCCGAGACGUCGGUGCUGCUCGCGUCCUACGCCGUGCAGGCCAAGUAUCUUGACUACAAUGAAGAGCAACACACGCCUGGCUUCCUGGCCCAGGACCGCCUUUUGCCACAACGUGUCAUGGACCAACACAAACUAGACCGCAAGCAGUGGGAGGAACGCAUCACCACGUGGUACCACGAGCACAAAGGCAUGCAGCGUGAGGACGCCAUGAUGGAGUACCUUAAGCUGGGUCAGGACCUCGAGAUGUACGGCGUUAAUUACUUCGACAUCAAGAACAAGAAGGGCACCGAGCUCUGGCUUGGUGUUGAUGCCCUCGGCCUCAACAUCUACGAGAAAGACGAUCAGCUGACCCCUAAGAUCGGCUUUCCGUGGUCGGAGAUCCGGAACAUUUCGUUCAAUGACCGCAAGUUCGUGAUCAAACCAAUUGACAAGAAGGCGCCGGACUUUGUGUUCUUCGCGCCACGACUGCGCAUCAACAAGCGCAUCCUGGCGCUGUGCAUGGGCAACCACGAGCUCUACAUGCGGCGCAGGAAGGCAGAUACUAUUGAGGUGCAGCAGAUGAAGGCACAGGCACGCGAGGAGAAGCUUGCUAAGCAACAAGAAAGAGAGAAGCUUGCGCGUGAGGUGGCGCUACGGCAGCACGCAGAGCGUAAACAGAAGGAGUAUGAAGAGCAACUGAAGCACAUGUCUGAGGAGAUGGCCGAGCGACAGCGUGAGCUGCUCGAGGCCCAAGAAACUAUCAGGAAACUUGAGGAACAGCUUCGCCAACUCCAGGCUGCCAAGGACGAGCUCGAGAAGCAGCAAAACGAACUUCAGGAGAUGAUGAUUCGGCUGGAGCAGAGCAAGGAAAUGGAAGCUGCUGAGAAGCUGAAGCUUGAGGAGGAGAUCCGAGCUAAGCAAGAGGAGGUUCUCAAGAUCCAAGAAGCUGUCAACCUCAAGGAUGAGGAGACUCGUCGUCUUCAGGAAGAAGUGGAGGAGGCGCGUCGCAAACAGCAGGAGUUGUUGCUAGCGUCAUCCACGCCCCAGCACCACCACCUCCAGGAGACGGAUGCCGACGAGACCAACGACGUGGCGGCCAAUGGCGACGUGUCGCGCGACCUCAACACUAGCGACGACCCCAUCGUCGACCCUAUUGAAGAUCGCCGCACCAUUGCCGAGAAGAACGAGAGGCUCCAGAACCAGCUUAAGGCGCUGAAGCAUGACCUGGAGAGCACGCGUGACGUGGAGAAGGAGACCAGCAUGGACAAGCUGCACAAGGAGAACGUGCGUCAGGGGCGUGACAAGUACAAGACCCUCAGGGAGAUCAGGAAGGGCAACACCAAGAGAAGAGUUGACCAGUUCGAGAAUUUGUAAACUACAUUAUUUUUCACCGCGAUUUCUGUAGCCAACCAGUUCGAGAAUUUGUAAACUACAUUAUUUUUCAAAGUAUUCACCGCGAUUUCUGUAGCCAAACUUCUUUUGUCACUUAUAUUUUACUAGAUAAACUUGAACAAUACGGGAAAACAAUCAUAUAUUUCUAUGGAGUUGAAUUUUUUUCUGAGUUUCCUUUUGAGUCGAUGGAUGCUUGCUUGUAUUAUUUCAAUUUAUAUGAAUGGGAAAUUAGCUUCCAUCCUUCAUUGCAGCGCGCGAAGAUUACUACUUUCUUCCCAGAAACUGAAAAUAUUUUCGUAUGUUGUAAAGUGAAAACGAUCAACCAGUCACGAGACUUGCAAUUAAAGUCGUGGCUCAAGCAUUGAUCAUCAUUGCGUUCUGCGACGUACUAGCUCAUGUUGACGAGCCUGGAAGGAAACGUUUUGUGUUGGGUUAUCACCCUCUUUGUUUCUAAAAUCUUCUAUUCCUUUACAAUUAUUUUUGUUUCAUGGAACCUAAUUUUCCGAUUAUACCGAUGAAUUUUUGUCUUCAUUCUAACUAUUCAUUCCUAAUCCUUAAAAUUUGUAAGCAAACUUCAUCCAAAUUGAUGUAAUUUAAACGCUUCCCCAAAUGUGAUAGUUGAAGCUUAGCCUGCACAGUUGACGUGGAAGUAAAUAAGAGGAAGCUUUAAACGCUGUCUACUUUUUGAACGCUUUUGUAACUGCCUUCAAUUAGUGUUGUAAUCAAACUCCUUUCUUCAUCUGUGCUUCUCGUCGAUUUUCUAUUUCAUAAAUUUAUUUCUCUUACGCUUAUAGCGCAGACAUAAAUCUAUAUAGUGGAAUGGCGGUAUCCCAAAUUUUCUUGUACGAAAAUACUUAUGAAGGCCCCUAUUCCUCGAGACGAGUUUAAAUUUGGGUAUGUGCUUUGCUUCAUCGUGAAUAUGUGAAAAACAUGUGUAGUAUAACAAUUAUCUAUUGCUAUGGUUUUCUAACUCGUUAUUCAUCUCAGGGUCUGAGGUGAAUUAUUCUUGAUCGUUUAGAAGAACUUGGUUCUUCCUAGUGCCUUUCUAUUUUCAUUUGAUGUGCUCGGUGAUAUUUUUUCACUUAUUUCUUUGAAAUUUGCUGGUAGAUUAGCAUUUAACUUCCCAGCCCACACUCGACUAUGCAAUGAUUUUUCUCGUAAUAAAUCACUGAUCUCCAUUGGCUUUUAGUUAUAUUUGUACAUGGGUUAGUAAACUUGCCUGCGUGAAAUUUAACUGGUAUCGCUAUCUUAUCCAGUCCAUGAAAGAGUAAUCAUAAUACCAAUUUACAGGACACUCCAUUUCGACCUGAUAUUGUGUAAUUGUAUUCAUGUUUCUUGGGCCAAGGCGAGAAAUUAUUCAUUUAUCGCCGUUAAUUUGGAUAGAAUCUAAUUACUUCAUGACGAUGUGGUACGUCAGCCACUUUAUCACUACGGCUUCUACGACGUGUACAGUUAAGCAAGAAAAAUGUUAAUAACUGUUUUUACUGUUGAUUAUUGAUGCUGCCGUCUCUGUUUUGGACCAAUUUAUCAUUAUUUGUUUAUGAAGUGUCUUAUCGGAUAGGAUUUUGAUAUAGUAAAGGUAUCAUUGAAGUUGAAAUUGCCAUGUUUUUCUGUAGAAAAGGCCACUGUUAUCUACUAAGUAGCAAUGAUUCCUCUGUCGUGAGCGUGCUAUCAUUAGAAAAAUUCAGAUUUUAAAAGUAGAGAAACUAAUAAAAUAAUUUAUCCCCUUUUUUAUAUUAUUCGAACGUUUUUGUAGAAUUAUAUCCGCCUGUGAACAUUCUGCUGUCCUCGAUAAUGUAUAAAAUUGUCAUUUAGCUUAUAUAAAAAUGAAUGCGGUGAAGCUGUUCACGUUCUACUGCAUUAUUGAAGACGUAAUUUUGUAUGCAUUCGCUACUUGGUGAAGUCAAUUAAAGUGUUUUAAUAAACUUUGUUCAUUUGAAUCAUCGUCACUAAUAAAGUGAAUUCCGAUGAUUUUCUAAUAAUCCGUGCGGAAUUACUGCCGUAUUUUUGUGCGAUUUAUAUAUGAAAGUUAUCUUAUCGAGCAAUUAAGCGGACUGAUGAAAUGCAUGUUUUGCUAUUAUUUUUCAGCUUGAAAAAGUUGAAAACAUUUGAAUUUUGUAAAUAUAUUGCAAACAUUUUUCCCGAAUUUAUCAUCUGUUGGUGCUUGGCGUUCCGGUUCUAUAUGAAAACUCGAAUUUAAAUUUGCUCUUUUCACACUUCUGUACCGCUUUGAGCCCUGCUUAAUAAUAUAAAAUAGGUGGUUUCUUUGCAGAUACUUCAUUUAAUUUCAUAAAAAUUGCUCGUUUCAUUUUGGCGUAAAUAUGAUUUUCAUUUCUCCUUGAAAAUGUAAGUUUAAGCUUGUGCAUUAAUUUGACUUGGGCAAGACUAUUGCGGUUGUA